CAUCCCACUUCACCACCCUGUGCACUGUACCUCACCGUCAUGCGCCACGCCCAUUGAUCAGCCCUUUACGCCUGCCCGUCCCGUUUCAUUCCGCCACGCAACAGAUGAUAUCGUAGCGGUCUGCUUCACUCACUGCGCACCCUCCGCCUCGCAGUCCCACGACAGACUCUCAUUUAUAAUCACUCGCCGCUUUCCCAGCGAUAGACUCGACAUAUCCACCACUACGGAAUCAUACCUACGUGAAACGCUCCCCCAGGAUGGCAAAGGACAGCGAUGUGCCGCAGCCGGGCGCGGCACGUCUCUCCAAAGGCGCGGGGCCCGACGAAUGGCUUGAAUCGGCGAAGCAGUGCAAGUACCUCCCAGAGGCAGACAUGAAGAGGCUGUGUGAGAUAGUCAAGGAGUGCUUGAUGGAAGAAUCAAACAUUCAGCCAGUUCGGACACCCGUCACCGUGUGUGGCGACAUCCACGGCCAGUUCUACGACCUCCUCGAGCUCUUCAAAGUCGCCGGCGGCAUGCCCAAUGAUACCCUAGCCGUCCGCCCAACAGUACCCACCAAGACCAUUAGCGCAGCAGAUAUUGAGCCGCCCACGACCAUCACGGACCCAAAGGCGAAGCGGAAAAUGAAGCGCAGAUUCCAGGCUGACGCCAAUUACACCGCAACUAGCCCAGGCGAAGGUGACGAGGAGGGCGAGGAGGAGGAGGAGGAAGAACGAGGCCGAAGUCGCAGUGUCACGGGCAGACGGAGCACAGACGACGAUUCUGACGGAGGGAGCAGACGGAACGUGUCUGGGUCGGGAGGGAAUGGCCAGCAGAAUUACGUAUUCCUAGGAGAUUUUGUGGACAGAGGAUACUUCAGCUUGGAGACGUUUACGCUGUUGAUGUGCUUGAAGGCGAAAUACCCCGAUCGCGUCACGCUGGUCCGCGGCAAUCACGAGUCACGGCAGAUUACACAAGUGUAUGGAUUCUACGAAGAAUGCCAGACGAAAUACGGGAAUGCGUCGGUGUGGAAAGCAUGCUGUCAAGUCUUUGAUUUCCUGGCCCUGGCGGCUAUCAUUGACGGCAAGGUGCUCUGUGUGCACGGCGGAUUAAGCCCAGAGAUUAGGACGUUGGACCAGAUUCGGGUUGUCGCAAGGGCACAGGAGAUCCCUCACGAAGGCGCUUUCUGUGAUCUUGUUUGGAGUGAUCCAGAAGAUGUCGACACAUGGGCCGUGUCUCCUCGAGGGGCGGGGUGGCUGUUUGGCGACAAGGUGUCGUCGGAGUUUAAUCAUGUCAACGGACUCUCGCUGAUUGCCAGAGCACAUCAACUUGUCAACGAAGGCUACAAGUACCACUUUAAAGACAAGGACGUCGUCACCGUGUGGUCGGCACCCAACUAUUGCUACCGCUGCGGUAAUGUGGCGUCUAUCAUGAGCCUGCAGGAGGACCUGAGCCCGAAGUUCACCAUCUUCAGCGCGGUGCCUGACCACCGGCGCGCGGUGCCAGCUGGCCGGGGCACGCGGGGUGAAUACUUCCUAUAAUGUGCAUAGCAUACGCAACUAGCGCUGUGAAUCUUGAAUGGCUGUCCAUGUGGUGAUAGAGGCGUUGCGGACUGUGGGUGUUGGCUUUGGAGAGCGCAGCAAGCGUGGUGGGUAGGGUACAGCAUAUUGAGUCUUCCGGCGCACCGUGGGUCACGACCUGUACAGUAGACUGCGUGUACGAUAUAAUGCGG